AUGUUGACUUCCUGGGGGAAGACAGGCUUCGUGCUUGCCCUUGCCCUUGGCGGCAGGGCCGCGGAGAAUGUCAUUACUAGCGACACAUUCUUUUAUGGGGAAUCGCCUCCAGUUUACCCCUCCCCUGAGGGGACUGGUGCUGGUGACUGGGCAUCUGCAUAUACAAAAGCCAGGGCUUUUGUGGCCCAACUGUCAGAUGAUGAGAAGAUCCAACUUACUGCCGGCGUGUCUUCUAACACGGCUUGCUCCGGAUUCAUUCAGCCCAUUGACCGGUUGGGAUUUCCAGGGAUCUGUAUGAGCGAUGCGGGGAAUGGACUGAGGGGAACAGACUAUGUUAAUGGCUGGUCCUCUGGAAUUUCUGUCGGGGCUAGCUGGAAUCGUGAUCUCGCCCAUUCCCGCGGAGCCUAUAUGGGUCAAGAGUACCGCAAGAAGGGUGUCAACAUGAUUCUCGGCCCUGUUGUCGGCCCUCUGGGUAGGGUGGCGCUGGGAGGCCGCAACUGGGAAGGUUAUGCUGCCGACCCAUAUCUGAGCGGAGUUUUGGUCUCUGAAUCGGUCAAGGGUCUUCAAUCUCAGAAGGUGGCUACAUCUGUUAAGCACUUCAUUGCCAACGAGCAAGAGACGAACCGCAAUCCAACCACGGACUCGGAGAGAAAUGUUGUCCAGUCAGUUUCAUCUAAUAUCGAUGACAAAACUAUGCACGAACUCUACCUUUGGCCAUUCCAAGACGCUGUUCUCGCUGGUGCUACUAAUCUGAUGUGCUCUUAUAACCGUGUAAACAACUCCUACGCCUGUCAGAACAGCAAGCUCCUCAACGGAGUGUUGAAAACUGAGCUGGGUUUUCAAGGUUAUGUUGUUACCGAUUGGGGUGCUCAGCAUGCGGGUAUUGCCAGUGCCAACGCUGGACUCGAUGUAGUGAUGCCCCGGUCCAGCACGUGGAACAGCAACCUAACCACUGCCAUUGCGAAUGGGACCAUGGAAGCCUCGCGGUUAGAUGACAUGAUUACCAGACUGAUGGCGACGUGGUAUUAUCUCGACCAGGACACGGAAUUCCCAUCUCCUGGUGUGGGCAUGCCCAGCAGCCCGAGCGCAGCCCACCAGGCCGUCAUUGCCACCUCGCCAGAGGCAAAGCCCAUCCUCCUCCAGUCGGCCAUCGAGAGCCACGUGCUGGUGAAGAAUACCGAUGGCGCCCUGCCUCUCAAGUCUCCCAAGCUGAUAUCCGUUUUUGGCUACGACGCAUAUGCCCCGUUGACAUAUGAUCUUGGUAACAAUUUCGAUUUUAGCUCCACCAGAGUCAGAUCAGAUCUUUACAAGAACGGAACUCUGUACGUUGGCGGUGGCUCGGGGCUCAACUCUCCGGCAUAUAUCGAUGCUCCUAUUGAUGCUAUCAAGCGUCGUGCUUAUGAGGACGGUUCAUCUGUCCUUUGGGACUUCACCUCCGAGAACCCCUCGGUAGACUACACUUCAGACGUGUGCCUUGUCUUCAUCAAUGCAUACGCCACGGAAGGUUACGAUCGUCAGGCUCUGUCCGACACCCACAGUGACUCAGUUGUUGAAAACAUUGCAGGCAACUGUUCGAACACUAUUGUAGUUGUCCACAACGCUGGUAUCCGCACCGCCGAGGCAUGGGUUGACCAUGCCAACGUCACUGCUAUUAUCUACGCCCACCUCCCUGGCCAAGAUAUUGGUCGCGCAUUGGUCAGGCUUCUGUACGGAGAGUCCAACUUCUCAGGGCGGUUGCCAUACACCGUGGCCAAGAAUAGCUCAGACUAUGGUUCCCUGUUGGAGCCAUCGCAACCGGAAGGGAAAUACCAGUACUUCCCGCAGUCCGAUUUCUCCGAAGGGGUUUAUAUAGACUAUCGCGCGUUUGACAAGGACGGGAUCGUGCCCCAAUACGCGUUCGGAUACGGGCUUUCCUACACCACAUUCGAGUACUCUGACCUUAAGAUCUCGAAAAACUCUGAUGGGGUCCCCUCAAUCUACCCAGCUAAGGCAUCAAUACUCCCUGGUGGAAACCCACAUCUCUUUGACGAACUGGUGACAGUGACAGCAAAGAUAAGGAAUACUGGCAAUGUCGACGGUCAGGAAGUCGCCCAGCUGUAUGUGGGUAUUCCAGAUGGACCAGUGCGGCAGCUUCGCGGCUUCGACAAGGUUCUCAUCGAGUCUGGUAGCUCUGCGACCGUUACUUUCAGCUUGACCCGCCGGGAUUUGAGUACUUGGGAUGCAAACGCCCAAGAAUGGUCCCUCCAGCGGGGGACAUACAAGAUAUUUGUUGGGCGGGAUAGCCGUGACUUACCCCUAGAAGAAACGCUAGUUUUCUGA